CCGAACCAAAGCCGUUAACCCCACACCUCCUUGGGGAUUCCCGUCAUUAGUAACUCUGGCAACUCUCUCUCCAACUCUUUGGACUUUUCCUCAGAGCUACUCGAGUUUUGAGGAUUCUCAAGACACAAAAUUCGUCGAGUUUGAGGAUGCGUAGGCGGUAGUUGUUUGCGGCGGUUUGCUGUUAAACGUGAAUUUCUGGGAUAGUCUUUUUUGAGGGGUUUUAUUUUGAAUUGGGCAAAGUGUUUGUUUUUUACCGGAAAAUGGAGUUGUUUGGGUGAGUUUUAAGUGUAGGCGGUUAAUAACAAAUCAAUGGCAAUCUUUAAGAAUCUUGGUACGGCGGUGUGGAAAGAUAACAAGGAAAGAAGGAUUGUUUUGAGCCACUGUCAAUUUCUAGAUCUCUAACGUUGUUAAAUUCUAUUUGGAAUUUGGCUUUUGACCUGAAGUUGAAGUGUGUUGGGCAUUUUCAAAAGCUCAGAUGGAGAAUUCGGUAUCCUUUGACGGAACAAGGAACCAUAAUUUGGAGGACAACUUCUCAGAUUUCAUGAAUUUUGAUACUCAUGCUGGAUGGUGCAGCAGCCCUUGUGCAACGGAUUUCACCUCUUAUGGGUUACCAUCCGUUCCAUCCAUGCCUUAUGGUUUUGCUUUGGAUGCUAUGAAUUUCGUGGAACACAAUACUGGUGCAUUUCCUGCGAACGAAAUUGGCGGAACUUUCAAUCCCAUGGGGACUUCUUUCAGUCCUGGAGAUAAAAUGAUGUUUCCGCAAAUGGAUGCCCAAGACGGGGUUUCAAUAGAUUUCAACAUUGCAAAUGACUUAGAAGCUGCACAGGAUAAUGGUUCUUUACAACAGAAUAAUGUCUUGGAUAUGGAAAAUUGCCUAAUCCCUAGGCCAUUGAGUAGCUCAGUUGAAGAGAAGAUGCUUAGGGCAUUGUCUUUGUUCAAAGAUUCGUCUGGUGGGGGCAUUUUGGCACAAGUUUGGGUUCCCAUGCGGCUUGGUGAUCAGUAUGUCUUAACCACUUGUGAGCAACCCUACUUGCUUGACCACAUGCUUGCAGGGUAUCGUGAAGUUUCGAGGUUGUUUACGUUCCCUGCAGAAAAGAAAUCAGGCUAUUUCCUUGGGCUUCCUGGUCGUGUCUUUAUCUCCAAAGUUCCAGAAUGGACUUCAAAUGUUAGUUAUUACAAAAAGGUUGAGUACCUGCGAGUGGAUCAUGCAGCAAAUCAUGAGGUCCGUGGAUCCAUUGCCUUGCCAGUUUUUGAUUCUGCUGGGAUGUCAUGCUGUGCUGUUUUGGAACUUGUCACUACCAAAGAGAAGAUCAAUUUUGACCCGGAGAUGGAAAUCGUUUGCAAUGCCCUCCAGGCUGUGAAUUUAAGGACUACCCCGCCUCCUAGACUUCGUUCUCAGUACCUGUCAAAGAACCAAAGAGCUGUCUUGGCAGAGAUAAUUGAUGUUUUACGAGCUGUGUGUCAUGCACAUAGAUUGCCGCUGGCUCUGACAUGGAUUCCUUGUUGUUACACUGAGGGAGCUGGUGAUGAAAUUACACGAGUGCGGAUCAGAGGGGGUAACACAAGUUCUGCUGAUAAAUAUAUACUUUGCAUUGAGGAGACAGCUUGCUAUGUGAAUGACAGAACGAUGGAAGGUUUUGUACGUGCAUGUUUGGAACAUCAUCUUGAGGAAGGGCAAGGUGUAGCUGGGAAGGCGCUUCAGUCAAAUCAUCCCUUCUUCUUCCCUGAUGUGAAGUCUUACGACAUAAAUGAGUAUCCACUUGUCCAUCACGCGCGCAAGUUUGGUUUGAAUGCGGCAGUCUCAAUCAGGCUAAGGAGCACCUACACUGGUGAUGAUGAUUAUAUUUUAGAGUUCUUUCUUCCUGUCAACAUGAGUGGUAGUUCAGAGCAGCAGCUCUUGUUAAACAACCUCCCGGGUACCAUGCAGAGAAUGUGUAAGAGUUUGAGGACAGUUUCAGAUGCAGAAUUAUGUGGGGCAGAAGGCUCUAAAGUUGGGUUUGAGAAGGGAGGAAUCCAGAACUUCCUGCCGAUGGCUAUGUCUAGGGGAAACUCUCAGAUGACAUUAUCAGAUAGUGAUGUAAAUUCAACUGAGAAGAUGCCAUUAAAUGUAUGUAACACAAGAAAUGAUGGAUUUGAAGCAGAUAGUCCUCAUGAACAAGCAACAAGUGGAUCAAGAAGGCAGGAGAAAAAGCGAAGUACAGCAGAGAAGAAUGUGAGCUUGAGUGUUCUUCAGCGAUACUUCUCUGGGAGUCUUAAGGAUGCCGCAAAAAGCAUAGGCGUUUGCCCUACUACACUGAAAAGAAUAUGCAGACAACAUGGAAUUUCAAGAUGGCCAUCCCGUAAGAUAAAUAAGGUGAAUCGUUCAUUGAGGAAAAUACAGACUGUUCUUGAUUCUGUUGAGGGGGUAGAUGGAGGAUUGAAAUUUGACCCAACCACCGGGGAGUUUGUGGCAACAGACUCUGUAAUUCAGGAAUCUGAUUCACAGAAAAGUCUCCUUUUCCCCAACAAAAAUGUGCGUGUCAAAAAGGCCAAGCCAGUUAAUGAAAAUGCAGUUUCAGUUCCUUUGGUGCCUGAUAUUGAUGGCUUGAGUUCUCUAAUUAAGUUGGAAGUGGAUGAGUGUUCUAUGGGUGGGAACCAAGUAGGGCUCUCAACUAGUAAGCUCAUUACAAAUGCGUGUGAAGUAGAACUAGAGAAAUCCAAUGUCUCUUUCAUUGAUUCUAGUGAAGAUUCAAAAUUGGUUGCAAUAGAUGCUCCACGGGCUUCGCCUGACAAUCCCUCCUUGGGCUCUUCUCUUGUGAAUAUAGUUGAAAAAUGGGGUAGCUUGAAAUCAGAAAAUCCCGACUCCCACUUUGCGCCUCGGAGCUCUGGCUCCUUGGCUACUGCUGAUGAAAUGGAUACUGGAGUUGGAGUUGGUGGGGAUGAUGGGAUUGUUGAAUGUACCCAGCCUACUUGUUCAAGUAUGACAGACUCAUCAAAUGUUUCUGGUUCAACAAUGCGCGGCAGCUCUUCAAGCUCUAUGAGCUUCGAGGAGGAGAAACGUUCUAAAGUCAAAUCAAGCUGUGCCGAUAGUGGAUCCAAAAUUAUUGUGAAAGCUACUUACAGAGACGAUACAAUCCGGUUCAAGUUUGAGCCCUCAGCCAGGUGUUUUCAACUGUAUGAAGAAGUUGCAAAGCGGUUCAAGCUGCAAAAGGGGACCUUCCAGCUCAAGUAUUUAGAUGAUGAAGAGGAAUGGGUGAUGCUAGUAAGUGAUUCAGAUCUGCAAGAGUGUCUUGAGAUUAUGGAUGAUGCAGGCACACGUUGUGUAAAGUUCCUGGUUAGAGAUAUGCCUUGUACUAUUAGCAGCUCCAGCAGUAGCAACUGCUUCUUGGCUGGGGGCUCAUAAUAUAGGGAUAGAAUUUUUGUUGUAGCUUGGCAAAUACUCCAUGCUUCUGCAGGUUCUACUUCAUCUCUUGCACUGCCGAUCACUGUGCUGCUAUGCUGCUAUAUUUCAAAGCAGUUCCUAUACUGAUGUUGACUGUGUUGCAAGAGCUUCAGAGGAAGGGAAAAAGAGCAGAUGUAAAACACUAUGUAUGUUCAUAGAUAGGUCUGUAUAUGGUAGAAUUGGGAAUAAAAAUUGCAGCAACGUAAUCUCACUCUGUAUAGUUUUUGCUUUUGUUUAGCUCAGAAAAUAGAUGGCUUGAAAGUGUUGAUUUUGUGGUAUAGUACAUGAGGGCCCGUUGGGGGUUCAGCGGGCAUUUUGAUCUCCUACAAAUGAAAUCA